AUGUCAAUAAACAGUACAGACAUAACAUUUGCCGCUAUAAUCGCCGCCCUAACGAGCGAAGUCGCCAUCCACCCAAUGGACACAGUAGUGACACGCAUGCAAUCUGCAAGCUACACAAGCGUAUACAAGCAUCUCAAUGGCACAGUAAACCGAGCGCUCUUUUCCGGGCUAUACCAAGGCUUCGGCCCGACUCUGAUCGCAGGAACGAUCGGAUCAGCAGCUUUCUUCACAACGUACGAAGCGUCAAAAAGAGCAUUUGAGAAUGCUCAGUCUGCGGGCUAUCUACUCGGUGUGCCGCGGUCGGUCUUUCACAUUACCAGCAGUGCAGUGGCGGAGUUACUUACUUGUGCUAUUAUGAAUCCUGCGGAGGUGUUGAAGCAGAAUGCUCAGGUUUUUCAAAGGCCACGAUACGCUGGAAGUGGUUUAUCUCCUACGGUGGAGAUGUUGAGGCGGUUUAAGAAGCAGCCGGCUACUUUGUGGUCUGGAUAUACUGCGCUUGUGACGAGUCAAAUGCCCAGUAUAUGUUUGACGUUUUGUUUGUAUGAGAUGUUCAAGGAGGCUUUGCUUGAACGGUGGCAGACAGGAAAGAGUGAUAUUGGUCAGCAGCUAAAAGCGACUGUAUUGAGUGCUGGCGUUGCUGGUGGAUGUGCUUCUUUGCCGUUCAUUCCCAUUGAUGUGGUUAAGACUCGGAUGAGGCUAGCUGUUGGUGAACAGACAUCGGAUACACGGGCGAGUCUCAAAAAAAGAAAGGAGAGGAUACCGGUCCGCAUAAGUGCCGUUGCUGUUGCUCGAGAUGUGCUGCUCAAGGAGGGGAUAGCUGGUCUAUUCCGAGGCUCUGUUUUGACCUGUGCUGCAGGGGUCGUGGGCAGUGGACUGUACAUUGGGUGUUACGAGGGGAGCAAGCUGUACUUGUUCAAUGCCUAA